GUGCGAAUUUUCCUUGAAGCAGAAAUUGUACUAGAUGGGAUUUUUCCAUGUCGCGAGAUUUUCCGAGGUGUUCCCGAGAUUCGGGGGAAAAUUGUGUAUGCGUCAAAAGUGGCUGAAAGAGCAGGAGAAGAAAGAAAGGAAAAAUAGGGGGAAACAAAGAGGGCUCCCAACAGUACAAGAAUAAAGCAAUAAUUGAGUUCUGAGGAAUCCAGUGAGAAGUCCAGGAAGAGAGAGCUCAUCUUGGUGGCCAAGUGAGCGGAAUGGGGAGGAUGCUGAAGUGAAUUUUGUGCGUUUUGUGGGCCAAUGUUCAUAAUGAAAAUCCUGGGAAGAUGCUCCCAAUUUUCAUCACUUUUCUGCUGUUUGGUGUCUUUGACGAAGCAUAUCCCCAGUCGCUGACGACGCAUUCCCUGAGGAAAACACCAGCUGCUGCGGCAAAAGGGAAUGAUCUGUGGUGCUAUUCGUGCGAGACGAUGGAAGAUGGGGAAUUAUGCACAGAUUUAUCUGGGAAUCAUUCCAACCUGAUACGGAAGUGCAAGGCGGAGGAGUACUCGUGCAUGGUGAAGAGAUUCUCCUACACCAUCACCACGGAGAAUUCCACGACGCCGCCGCGGAUGUGGUCACUGCAGAGACAGUGCGCCAGUAAUUGCGAAAGGGGCUGCAUUGUGAUCGGCGAACGUACCAAACUCUAUGCCUGCACCUCCUGCUGCGAGACUUCCCUGUGCAACACGGACGAGGGUAGUGCUCCGCCUGGCUUCCAUGUCAUAACCCAGGCCAUCCUUACGGUCAUAGCACUUGUCCUCGUGGUCACAUUCAAUGGCUCCAGGGGCGUCUGAGUCAAAUGCCCAAAAUGACUCUCUCUCUUGGAAUUAGAAGGAGCACCUUCGGAUGGGGUUUUGCUCCCAGCAAUUUUUUCCGCAUGAUUUGUGCUGUAGAGAAUUUCGAAAUUGGAUAUCAGUCUCACUGUGGAAACCAACCAAUUAGACCAUAGGAUAUGAAAUAAUAAAAAUUUUAAAUAAUA